AUGGCCGAGAACGUGUCCCGACUCGCACAGCUCACGCGAGUCGAGACGCUCAUUCGAAACGAUGCAAGCCAGGCCGCCGAUGCCGAGGCCAAGAUGUCCUUGAUGGAAGGACUGAGGCUCUAUCCCAAAGCAGUGGCGUGGUCUAUGGCUAUUUCGACCUGCAUUGUGAUGGAAGGCUUCGAUCUCGUCCUCAUCAACGGUCUCUAUGCACAGCCUGCAUUUGCUAAGCGCUUUGGUCACCUGGCCUCGGACGGUACAUACCAGAUCUCUGCCGCGUGGCAGUCAGGACUCUCGAACGGAGCGCUUGUCGGAGAGAUCCUGGGCCUGAUGGUGGUUGGCAUUGUCGCGGAACGGAUUGGCUAUCGAAAGACCCUGGUUAUCGCGCUCAGUAUGAUUACUUGCUUCAUCUUUCUGCUUUUCUUCGCCAAAAGCCUGACGAUGCUUCUGAUUGGCGAGAUACUCUGUGGUAUUCCGUGGGGAGCCUUUCAAACUCUGACGACUACUUACGCAUCCGAGGUCUGCCCAGUCGCACUGCGAGCUUAUUUGACGACCUAUGUCAAUCUUUGUUGGGUCAUGGGCCAGUUCCUCUCCUCUGGGGUUCUCAAAGGAGUGGCUGAUAUGGAAGGCAAGAGUGCCUACAAGAUUCCCUACGGCCUUCAAUGGAUCUGGCCAAUUCCCCUAAUGGUCGUUAUGUUCCUUGCUCCAGAAUCGCCCUGGUGGCUCGUCCGAAAGAACCGGAAGGAGGAAGCCAAGAGGAACUUAUUGCGUCUUACGUCCAGCGGCAAGAACCCCGAUUUUGACGCCGACAAGACCAUUAAUCUGAUGGUAUAUACCACCGAGCUAGAAAGAGCGACGCAGGAAGGCGUUUCCUACUGGGACUGCUUCAAAGGCGUCAAUUUACGGCGCACUGAGAUCGCGACGAUCGUGUGGGCGAUCCAGAUUACAGGUGGCGGAUACAUCAUGGGUUACGCAGUUUACUUCUACGAGCAGGCCGGCAUGAGCCCGUCGAACGCCUUCUCCAUGAACUUAGGAGCCACCGCACUCGCUUUCGUCGGCACGGUAUGUUCAUGGUUCCUCAUGGGCUGGUUUGGUCGCCGAACUCUGUACAUCUGGGGCCAGAUAGGCUGCAUCCUUUGCCUGCUGCUGGCCGGCUUCAUGGGCCUCGCGAGGGAGAGUAACCCGGACGUCAAUUGGGGCAUAGGCACAAUGAUCAUGUUGUACACGUUUGUGUACGACCUGACUGUCGGACCCGUUUGCUAUUGUCUUGUGGCAGAGAUCUCCUCUACUCGACUGCGGAACAAGACUGUAGUUCUGGCCCGCAAUCUAUACAACAUUUCAGGGAUCGUGGCGAAUGUGCUCUUCACCCAUCAGCUGAACCCAGACGCGUGGGACUGGGGCACGAAAACCUGUUUCUUCUGGGCAGUCUCCGCAGUGAUCUUUGCAGGCUGGACAUGGUUCCGCCUUCCAGAGCCCAAAGAUCGCACCUACGCCGAGCUUGAUAUGCUAUUCGAAGCGAAGGUGCCGGCGCGCAAGUUCAAGACAACUAAAGUCGAUGCUUUCGCAGCGGAUGAUGUGGAAACUGAAAAGAAGUCCGCGGACGAAAAGACUGAAGUCGUGUUCACAGAGAGCACCGAAGUGAAGGCCUGA